CUUCAACAUAUCAAGCUGCUUUUGGUUGUUUCCCUGGAAGAGAGGAGAAUUCUAUCCUAUCCUGCAGAAUUUUGCUUGAAACAGCAAUCAUCAUGGCUGAUCCCUUCACCCUCGAUCAACUCCAGGAACCAGUAAACCUGCCCUUCCCCGCAGUCACCAAACAGAGUGCUGGGCUGGUCAACGGUGUCCACACCGAUGUCACGCUCAUGAAAUUUAGCGACAGAAUCCUGGUCACGAUCUCGCAGAAAGGCCGACUGGGACACUGGCUUCACGUGCCGCUUGAAAACAGAAACCCCGGGACUGAGGGCUUGCACACCUUUUCUGAUUCUGCAGACGACAGUCUGCUCCCAAUCAACAGCCUGACUGCUACGUCCCUGCUGGGCGGUCGCGCUCCUGGCCAUGAGAUCGUCGGCCAGCUUUAUGCUCGUCAAAUAGCAAGUGCCAUUGUGACGAAGGCUCCUGACGAGAAGCGCAUGCUGGUCGUCGGACUUGGGCUGGCGACAGCCGAUGCUGAUCGGGAUGUCUUCUUUGCCAUCAUUGAUCUUGUGCUUCAGUGUCUCUGAGAAAUUGAGAUACGAGUUCGCAGAAAGCAUCGCUCAAGGAAACGGCGCCAUGAAUCCUCGCCGUGGAUCUUCCUGCUACAUUGCAUAGAUGCACAGGAGAGAUUUGGGGCAGCCACAGCUCCGAUGGGACGAUUCUCCCCCCCUGAUGAAGCCUUUGAGUGCGAGCCUUCUAGUGGUCUUGAAUGCCUCGCUGAACAACCUCUUGACGAAAUACGCCCCAUCAAACUCAGUAUCAAUCGUGAAUCGCAACAAUAAUCAAAUUGUGGACGCUCAGAUGCUCAGCC